CGUGCCUGUUAUCGAGACUUAAAUACAAUUUUAGAGUCCGUUUCAGAUCCGCUGAUAUUUUUUCACUCUCAGAAAAUUACAGGCUGGUUCUCAAGACUACAGUGCCUGAACUUCAAAUUUGAUUGGCCAUUUUCAUCUCUUGUUCGUGUUUGGGAGAAAAGCUUAAGAUUCAAAUAUACAAACAGUUAGAUUAGGCACGUACGAAGGAGAGAGGGAGAGAUUGAAGUGAGAUCCGCGCUGUUUCCUCUUUCCUCACUCGAGAAAUCAGAUCUGAAGGAACUGAAGAGCAGUGGUUCAGUUGCGCGUGCUCAGAGAUUUAAAUAUUUGUUUGAUUUAAGAUCAAGUGAGUUAAAUAAAAGUGCAAACAGGAUUGAGUCGAGGAUGGAGACUCUAGUCAUUGCUCAUCAUAGGAAUCACAAUCAGUUUUACAGUAGAAAUCAAGGUGGUUAUAGUUCGACAAAAUUCGGUUCGUUUGGCUCGCCUCCUUCGGGUAAUAUCAGUGAUAUUAACUGUCGAACUUUUCAAUCGGAGGAAGGUUUGCUUCCAAACCCUUUCGAAACCCACCCCACAAAAAUACCUCUUUCUGAAAAGGCAUUUUCUGCCUCGAUUUCACCCAAAACACAAUCUUUAAACAGAAGCCAAAAGCCCAGGAAAGGCUUUGCGAAAAGUAGAACGAUUGAUAUUCCGAUUGAAUUCAAGAUCGAGAGCAGUGAGGGUGGCUUUGAUUUUUCCGAGCGUUGGGCUGGGCCGGCCUAUUCAAACUCUCCUCCCCCAAGUUCUUUGCCCAUACCUAAAUUUUCACUGAGGCCCAAAAGAAGUAUAUCACUCGACCUUCCAAACGCGGCCUCAGAGAUUAAUUUCCACCCCAUUGCUAAGUCAGCUCCGGUUUCCCCAACUAGGGAACGUAGCCCCUCGCCAGGUGGUCCAUUCGAAUUCCCUGAUUCCGGGACUUGGAGAAGCUUUUCCCUCAGUGAUAUAUUUGACCUUUCAGAUUCUGGUAAUAUGACGAGCCAUUCGCCGAGUGAUCCAGUUGACAUAUCUGUUACUGCUACUUUGACUCUCCGCCGCAUUCUUAACCUUGACGAUACCGAUAAU